UGGACCCUGUGUCAGUAGCCAGACCAUGUUGCAGUAUCUUCUGUCAGGGUCUGUGAAGCCCAACAGCCAGUAGGGGCCAACUUUAUUUACUGGCCAAUCAGAGGUGCUAACAAGGAGCAGUUGGUGACUGAGGGUUGCUUGGAUUUUCCAGUGGGAGAUUUCGGUUGAAGGGAGUUGCCUGAGCUUUUAUAAAAUAAAGAAGUUUGUUUUUGUUUUCAUCCUGCAAUUGUGUUUUGCUGGAGUUUAUUCACGGUAUCUCACGUGACAGAAAGUGGUGGCAGCGGUGGGAUAAUUUUAUGCAGAGACUUUUGCCAGAACCACAUAUAAUGGAGUAUGAAUUGGCUGAGCUUCGUCUUCCUAUUCUCAAAGGUCUGUGUAAGAAUCAUGGAAUCGAAAGUAAUGGACUAACUAAAGCGCAGAUGGCAUCUCUUAUUGCCCAACACACUAAGGUCACUCAGCCGGGACUGACAGAUGUGGCAAGUUUAUUGAUGGAGCAGACAGAGGAGCAGGCAGGUCCUUCCUCAACCCAGAUGACACAUGUAAGUGGACUAGUCGCUACCAUUACUGAACCAGAGGAUGAGCUGUCAAUGGGGCAGCAGUGGGUCAGGUGGAGAAUGACCCCACGAUGGUGAGGUAUCAGUCAAGGCUUACAGCUCUGGGGUCUGAUCUCACUGGUUCAGAACGUCUUAAGCUGCUUCAAUUGACUAUUCAGGAAGAACAGAUGAAGAGAGUUCCCAUUUCUGCUGUGAACACAGUACAACUGCAGCAUCCCAAUACUGAGCAUUUCAAACCUGUGGUCAAGCUCACCCAUGCUGCCUUUCCCUCUUUUGAUAACUACCAGGAAGGAAUCGAUAAGUACCUACACAUCUUUGAGAUUAUGUGCGAGGAUUACGCUGUACCUAAGGCAGAAUGGACGAAGAUACUUGCUGGUAAAUUGGGAGGGAAAGCGAGUGAUAUCUAUAGAGAGAUCCCAUAUCUCCAGCGCACUGAUUAUGAGGAAGUGAAACGUGUAUUGUUGAAUCAUUAUGCCAUCUCUCCAGAAACAUAUCGACAGUCAUUUCGCGCUCUAAAUAAAAUAGCCUCUGAUACAUACUGGGAUUUUGGGAACCAAUUGCGGAGAGCCUUCGACCAAUGGGUUAACACAAGCCAGGUUCAGACAAUACAGGAUCUUCGCCAAUUGUGUCUACUAGAGCAGUUCAUGGAAAAGUGCUUACCGGAAAUUCGGGGAUGGAUAUGGGAUCGUUCUCCGAAAACUUUGGAGGAAGCAGCUCGGCUGGCUGACAAGUGCUUGGAAGGGCAGGCCCAAAUCCGCCGUGGACGAAGUAAUAUUUCUUCCACAGCUCUCCCAUCUGUUGGGAUCCAUUCGGGAACAAAACUACGGACAAGUUCUUCAACUCCUUGCCCUGUCUGGCCAGCACCACAACCACAUCAUACAUUUAACAAGAGCUGUUUUCGCUGUGGUUCUACUACUCAUCUUAUUGCACAGUGUCCAAAACCACCCAGAACCUCCAAUAAUGCAGUUGCUCGUCCAGUAACUGCUCUCAGACAGAAAGUGACCGCUGCUCAACAACAGGCUAUUCAAGCAGUACAACAACACACCCAUGGGCCACUUGUACCCAAGCCAUUGGAGUAUGUCAUUUUGGGCGUCCACUGGAAUGACCAAAUUUCUCGCACCAAACAUAUCAUCCCAGUAAUGCUCAAUGGUAAACCGGCUGAAGGAUUUCUUGAUUCUGGAGCCUACAUUUCCCUAGUAGAACCCCAUAUGCUCUCUGCCUCUGAUGUCCUCCCAGGACGUUCUGUUUGUAUUAUUCUACCUGGAGGUACUAAGAAGGAGAUUCCAGUGGCUCAGGUCAGUUUGGAUGUGGGUAAUGGACCUAUACAGCAUACAGUUGGGAUUCUUGAUCAUCUCCCUGCUCCAGUAUUAGUGGGCAAUGAUGUUGGAGACAUCUGCUGCAGUCUCACCCCAGGAGAUGUGCAAUGCAUUUCCCCGACAACUUCAGGAAUGUCAUCCAGCAACACAUCAGAACAGGACAAGCUGAACAAGAUCAAAACCAAUGAAGCAAAAUACGAGAAUGAGCGGCGGCGUCUGAAAGAGGUACUGGACGCCUCUGAAAGCCGAAAUACCAAACUGGAGCUGUCCCGCCGGGGGCUAGAGGGAGAACUUCAGCGACACAAACUGGUUCUUGCUGACCGGGAAGCAGAGAUGCAGCAGCGCAUGGAAGGACUGCAGAGACAGCUGUCGGACAGUGAGGGAAAGGUGAGCACCCUGCAGCUGUGUGUGGAUCGGCUGACUGGCACCCUGGCCAAGGCUCAGGAGAGUGAGACGUCCCUGAAAGAGAAGGUGCAGAGUCUGACCGGGGCCCUGUCGGAGAGUAACUGCACCUCUGCCAGCUCCCAUGACCAACUCAACCAGCUGCAAAAGGUGCUGACGGCCAGUGAGCAUGAGAGGCGCAUCUUACAGGAGCGCCUGGAAACCGCAGUGGCAAGCUACAUGGCAAUGCUGAUGGCUUGUCUCGACAGGAGGAUUGAGAUGAACCCAAUGCUGUUGUUCCAAGGUUUUACCCAACAAUGGGUAAACCUGGUAACACCAAUUCUGGGAAGGGGGAGUGAUGUGACGUGGACCCUGUGUCAGUAGCCAGACCAUGUUGCAAUAUCUUCUGUCAGGGUCUGUGAAGCCCAACAGCCAGUAGGGGCCAACUUUAUUUACUGGCCAAUCAGAGGUGCUAACAAGGAGCAGUUGGUGACUGAGGGUUGCUUGGAUUUUCGAGUGGGAGAUUUCGGUUGAAGGGAGUUGCCUGAGCUUUUAUAAAAUAAAGAAGUUUGUUUUUGUUUUCAUCCUGCAAUUGUGUUUUGCUGGAGUUUAUUCACGGUAUCUCACGUGAC